AUGCUGCCUUACUCCCGUGGGUUAAUUCUGGAUAAUACCAGUAAUUAUGGUAUUGUGAAGACGGAGACGGUUUUCGGGUUUGCUCCGAGCAGCCAUGAUGGUUAUGUGGAUGGAGGUUUCAAUUCAACUGAACCAGUGCAGUGGAUUAUUGCGAACAGUAACUUCGCACCCAGGUCCUUACAAGUUACAGAUUCCGAACCAAGAGACCUCAAAACCCAACCAAAAGUAGAACCCAGACACAAAAAGGGUAAGAAGAAGAAGGGUAACAAAAAACAUUCAAAUAAAAAACGCAAGGGUAAAGGAAAACUUAAAGGUCAGAAGUGUAUCUUCAAGGUCUUUAAAAAGUCGUCAAAGAAGAGAAGAGGUGGCAACAAAUUUCCGAAGAUGCACAAGAAGUAUAUGAUGCCGUUGAUUCUUGGGCUUCUAGCUGCUAAGAGCCUGUUGAUUCCCAUAGCUUUGAAGGCAUUAGCAUUCUUGUCUGCUAAAGGUCUCAUGAUGGGCUUCUUCUCAACUGUAAUGGCUUCAGUUCUAAGCCUAAAAGGUAUGUUUGACCACAGCCACAGCUACCAGAAUAGGAAGGACGACACCAAGACUCAGGUGGAAAUCAUCCAAGUACCUUCGAAGAGUGAAGACCAUGUUUACUAUGAUGAGCAUUACAAAAGGGGGGAUUAUGUUCCUGUUCCUGUGAUGGUGCAUUGAUGGUGAUUGUGAAUAUGAUGAGAAAUAAAUGGGCAGG